GGGACCCCGGGAGGGGGCAGCCUGCAGCUGCCGGACGCGUCCGCGGGGGAGGGCGCUGCGUCCCCGGCGCAGACACCCUGCAGUCUCAGCGCGUCCCUGUGUUUUGGCUCCGGGGACGACUCCCCGCCGCAGUCUCGCGCCUCCGCUGCUGAGGACACAGCUACCUCCUUGACCUCGAGUCGCAGCGGCCGGCGGGUGGUGGAAAGACAGUGGGAGGUCAGCAGUGCGGGCGCUGGAUCCCCGGAGGAGCUCGUGUCCCCGGAGGACCUCGUGUGCUCUGAGGAUCCCGCGUCGCCGGAGGAGGUCCCCUGCCCGGGAGAGCGCGCGUGCCCUGAGGACUCCGUAUUCCUUGGGGAGCUCGAGUUCCUGGAAGAACCCGGGGAUCCCGCGCCUGUGCCUCCUGGGGUCGGGACCGCACACGGAGAGCCGGACCUGGUCAUCGAGGUGUCAGGUCGCCGGCUCCGGGCGCACAAGUCAGUGCUGGCGGCUCGCAGCGACUACUUCCGCGCGCGCGCGUCGCGGGACGUGUUGCGGGUGCAGGGCGUGAGCUUCACGGGCGGCGGGGCGGCGGGCGGGCCGCCUGCAGGCCCCGACGGCCGCGCGCGCCCGUCCGACCAGGUCUUCUGCUACAACCCGGCCACCGACAGCUGGAGCGCCGUGCGGCCUCUGCGCCAGGCGCGCUCGCAGCUGCAGCUGCUGGCCCUGGACGGCCACCUGUACGCCGUGGGCGGCGAGUGCCUGCUCAGCGUGGAGCGGUAUGACCCGCGAGCAGACCGCUGGGCUGCUGUGGCUCCGCUGCCCCGGGGCGCCUUCGCCGUGGCCCACGAGGCCACCACCUGCAACGGCGAGAUCUACGUGUCCGGGGGCUCGCUCUUCUACCGCCUGCUCAAGUAUGAUCCCAGGCGGGACGAGUGGCAAGAGUGUCCCUGCAGCAGCAGUCGCGAGCGCUCAGCCGACAUGGUGGCCCUAGACGGCUUCAUAUACCGCUUUGACCUGUGCGGGGGCAGAGGCGAGGUGCAGGGGUCAGCCGGGCCAGGCGGAGGGAUCAGCGUCUUCCGCUACCACUGCUUGGCCAAGCAGUGGAGCCAGUGCGCCUCACACCUACGGCCGCCCGGGGCCCCUCCGGGCCUGCAGCCCUUCCGCUGCGCCGCCCUGGACGGCACCAUCUACUGUGUGAGCCGCUCAGGCACCUGGCGCUUCGUGCCCGCCCAGGAUAAGGAACCCGGGGGCGACUCAGGUCAGGGUGGGAGCUUCGAGCCGGAGUCACUCGGAGCCCCCCUGGAUGUCCGGGGUGCUCUCUUUCCGUUUGUCCUCAAUCUGCCAGAGAAGACGGACAGAGGGGAGCAGGGCGCCGUCUAGGACUGGCCAGGGUCUCCUGGGCAUCUCCCCUGGACAGUUCUGCAACCAAAGGAAAACAGCCUCUGGGUGUUGAAGUCCCAGAUGAGGAGGAGAGAGCAAAGGGAGGGGAGGCAUGGGGGGGUGGGGGUGGGCCGCUGGCCGCGCUGGAUCAUCUAAACGCUUUGCAGGUAGCCCCUGAAGACAGUUUUACAAGCUGUUGCAAGUGCCGCUUCCCUAUUCCGCGUUCCUUUUUGCUUCACUUUGCUUAAUGGGGUUAAUGGCGUAAGCUGUAGGAUGUGUGCAAACAGACAAGACACAGGAUGCUUAAGAGAGAAGGAAAUAGAAUCAAAACAUUGAGCUUCAGGGAACAGUGGACAGUCCCCAGAUGUUACUAAGGGUGUUUUCCAAGUGUACCCGGGGAGUGGGUAUCUGGGUGCACUCCGGCUUCGGAGUGAAAAGGAAGGGAAGCCAGACUUGAAUUCUGCAGUACUUGCUUACCGUGUGAUUAGAAGGCCACGUAGGGACCUGGGGCCACUGCACUGGUGGUAAGAUCCCGAACUAGGCCAACGCAAACUAUUAGAACCACUGAGACGAUCACUGUUUAUUUUGCUUUGAGGUUUAAAAUAAAAUAAUAACCGAUAAAUAAACCUAGUUGAAAAGUUUAUGCCACCACGUGCGUACGUUUUGGUUGGCUCACCUCCAAAAAGAAUGACUUCGUAAGCAUGAAAGUUAAAAUCUGAUUACCAAUAUGAUUUCUUGUCUAGUAGCUACUGGACAUGAGCGUUGCCCCUGCCAUACCAUUAAUCCCAGACGUGGGGUCAAAUACACACAGGCCUCAAGCGGAAUCACAUCUCCUUGUUUGUGAUUGAUGUAAUAUUUUCAAUUUCAAUGAUGUUAAUAAUUAUGGGCAAUGAUAUAGUAAUGAGUCAUUAUUUGAAUUUGAAGUCUUUAGUGGCUAAAUGUGACAGGAUGGUAUAUCAGGAGUAGGAAAAUCUUACUGACAAGAGGCUUAUCUAUUUUAAAAGGCAUUUUUGACAGCCCACUAUAGGUGCCGUAGAAUGAGAUGAAAAGAAUAUUAUUACUAAAAAACAAAAACAAAAACAAAAAACCCCCAGAAACUAAAGUUACAAUAAUUUCUUUUGUAUAGUUUGAAAAACAAACAUGCAGGCAUAUUUUGAACCCCCAACUUAGAGUGUCUUAAGUAUAUAUUGUGUAAUUCCAAUGAGAAAGAUUAAUUUUGGCAAGCAGCACUCUUAAAAUGUGACAAGGGAAAUGGGCAUACAUUGUUAAAGAAUACAACAAGGGGAAUAACAUGUAUUUUUAAUAUAAUUUAAUAAGUAAACUGCAUUAUCUAAUCGUGGAUUCCAAAAUACCCUCGUGGAAUUAAUGUAAGACUCGCUUCUUUGACGGGGGUGAGGAUUGCACGCAAAUCGAUGGGUCAUUCCUGAUUUGCUAGAACAUUUUACUUUCAAAUAUGUGCAGACAGGACUUAGAAUACUUAUUAAGAGUUUGAGGAUGACAUACAUACUGACAGGCAAACUGAUUUGGAUUUGGAAUCUAAUUCGUUUUCUUAUAAUGGGAAAAGUUCAUAUUGGAAGUUACUAGACAUAAUUAGAUAAAGUCAUGAAUACAUUCAUACCAUUUGCUUGUUCAUACAGCGAUGAGAAUUGCCAUCUCUGUAGAAAUCAGUGGGUAAUUGGGAAAUAGGUUAUGCUUUUUAGUCUGUGGUUUUGAAAGGUCUCAGUUAGGUAUGUUUAGAAGCGAUCAGCUUGAAUCAUAUGCAUGACCCAGAGGAAUGGAAUUUAUCAUUUUAGCUAGAAUGUAUUCUGGUGACUUGUAUGCUUGCUCACGAUCACUCUUGAACAGAAAGGACAUCUUGGCAACUUGGUUAAUCAUCUUAGGAAAGAAAAGCAGACUUCAUAUUGUCUGACUUUAUUGGCCUUGUAUAGAAGUGUCUUGGAGAUACAGUAGUAGUUAGAAGUAUGUAUAACAAAAGGAAACAAGUAAUUUUUUAAAAGAAAUGUACAUUUCACGUUGUAGUACAUUUUUUUCUCUAGAAUGUUCUUAUUAAUGCUAACAUUUUUAUAUGAAAUGGGACCAGGCUAAUAGUUGAAGUCCUUAAAUGCCAAAUUUGUAAACUAUUAUCACUGUGAUUUUACUUGAGAAAUCAUUCCUAGGAUGUUUACUGUUUAAAAAUAAAAAUACUAACAUUGGGCUUUCAAAGUAAAAUCAUUCCCACACAAGGAUAUGAGAAGUGUCAGAUACCAGCUGCAGGUAGCUAUGCAAUAGCAUGCCCAAUUGGAGUUUCUGUGUAUUAUUUUAUCAUUUCAUUUAAUGAAAGAAUGCCUGCACUAGCCUUAACAUCACUUCCUGUCGGAACUGGCAAGCAGACUACCGGGGAUUUCCCAUGAUCUUAUCACAGUGAAAUACACAGGGAAACUGGAAUCAUUGAUGGACGUGCAGUCCACCUACUUUUAAAACUGUAGACUUAUCACCUGUCUAAAUAAUGAUAUCACAUAAAAAAUGCUAAAGAAUUUGCCAUGUCAUGAGCACUGGUUUAUUUUGCUUUUGGGAGGCUAGUACCUACGGUGUAGAGCCAUGAGGAUUUGUACUUUCUAAACCACAGAGAAGCCACACCCUCCAAGGUCUUUGAUUUGGAGACUGCUGGGGUGAGGGACACCAGUCAUUGUUGAGUCUCGCCUCUAGAUGUCUGAGGUCCAGCGUGUUUGACCUGGUGUUCCAAAUCUGAAUCCAGCACUUUUCAGGAAAAAGGUUGGUGCAGAAGUAUUCCUGAUUAUCAGUGCAUUCAUGACAUCCAUCCAUAAUUCUCAUCAAAUUAACCCAUGCACACUGACAUUUCCAGGUACCAAAAAGAGCCGUGAUGUUCUGAGAGGAAAAUGCGGGAUCCACAAAGCUCGACCUUUUUGUUAGUUGACAGCCAUGACUUUUGUAUUGUCAAUCAAGGUUCAUCUGAAACCCAAAGGAGUAGGCUUAGGACUUCAUUUUCUUUCUGUUUUUAUUCUUUGUCUUGGGAACAACCCUCAACUUUAAUCCUGAUUCUUGGCAGCUUUAUGGAGCUUGACUGGAACAUGGUGAUUUGAUUUCUGAGUCUAGGGUGACACCUGUUUCUUUUCCUUUAAGAAAAUGAAUGUGCUGUGGAAACUCCUUGACUCCUUAAAGCCUUUACCUGUAUCAGUCUUGCUGCAGACACCCGCGUAAUGAAUCAUCUGCCCCAUGUCUGUUCAUUUCUGGUGUUAUUUGUAAUCCGGGUAGCAGCUGUUUGAUCUGUUGGUCUCUUAGGUAACUUCCUGUAGAAGAUUUUGAAAUGGAAUGUUUUUGAGGUUCUUUUGCCUUUCUAAAGUCAAGAUAGAUUCAGUACUUAAUCUGUUGUAACACCUUACUAGGGCAAAUGUUUAAAACUGUGCUCUCUUGUACUUGUCUUAUUUUAGAUGCUUUCCUAGCUUACAAAAAGCUUUCUUUUGGGGUUCAAAACCAAUUUUUCUCUUUCCUUUCCUCUGCUGUUAUUAUUCAUGAGAAGAUAAUAACAUGAGCUAAAACUGUGAAUGUGUGCAAAAAGUUGUCGUUGCAUCUGAACUUAUUUCAGCAGCCACACUGCUUAUUUUUUCCACAUCCAGGAAGAAUCUAGACUGCGGUAUUCAGGCACCCAGCCCGGAACCUGGUAGUAGCAGGUGCUUUCUCCACUGAGUGAAUUGAUUGGAAUUGAAAUAAAAGGCUAAUGUGCUCCAAUGGGAGUUGAAAGCGCCUCUCAUGCUUGUUAAAGCCCUAAUAGUACUCACAUGUUACCAUUCAUUAAACUAUACCUGUUUAAGGCAAAGUCCAGGCCAGCUGUUGCUCUGUGUGUAGCUGAUGUAUUUAUUAACGCUUGAGUUUUGAAAUCCUAGGCACAAAACGGUGUAUGUACAUCAAUUUCAUGCCAAGAUGAAAUAAAUCAUGGAAAUUGCGA